CUUUACACACAAAGACAGCUUAUUCUUAGCCCCACAUCAUCUUUACUGAAAUUAUUAUUUGGAACUUUUAACCACAUCAGUAAAUUAAGCCUAAGAAUGAAGUUUUUAAGCUUGGCAAUUUUCGUGGGACUUUUCUUAGCGGCCUGUGUAAGCUGUUCAGUGGCUGCUAAAUCGGCUUCGAACAACAAUGGUAAGUAGCAGAGUGUAAAUUGUUUUUAAUUCAUUUUUGAAGACUAUGAUUUGCUGUACUCAAUGCGUUCUCCCAAAACAUUUUCGAAUCUUUGAAAGAUUAGAAACCGUUUUUACAACGAUUGACAUUUUGUGAAUUUUUCUUUAAGCCCGCAGAAAAACCAUCACCAGUGGUGACUUCAUUAUUUUGAAAUCAGCUCAUAGCAAUUAUUCGAAACUUUCACUAAGCUGCAAUAAAUCUGGCUGCCAAUGGACGCAUUGCCCGUCUAAUGAUGCUGAGGUUUCGUCGUCCUGCUCACCUGAGAAUGUGGAGUUCAAAAUAACAGCCAGAGGAGAAACGCUGGGAAAGCCCAUCAAAAGCGGGGAAAAAGUGUCGCUGACCGUUAGAAAGUACGGUCCUCAGGACAAGCUGACUUGUGGCAAAUCUUCAACCACGCAGUGCCAUUUGGCUUCGUAAGUAUUCAGCUUUAAAUUUAAACACUGCAUCAGCUCUUCUUCGAAAUUUAACUCAGGCACCAUCGGACGAGAAGAUGAAACUGAUGUCUAUAGUUGACUUUCGGCCUGUACAAUUUUGCUCUUAGUCAGUUGGCACAGUUUCUCUCUUGGUCAGUAUUAAGAACUCAUAGGCAAAAGUGGUUUUACUUGGGUCAACCCAAACUUGACUGCUAGAUAUUUAGUCAAUUGAUUAUAGCUUUUUGACCUCCUUUUGCCACUUUUUUCUCUAGCAUUAAAGGCGACAUGAAAGGAAACAACUGGCUGAGAUACGACAACGCCACUUUUCAAAUAUUCUCCAAAGAGGCAGAGGAUUCUACUCCCAUCCACAAUGGCGAUGUGGUGGGACUCAAGUACUUACACUGCUCCGGCAAAGCAUGGCUGACCAAAAGUGGCAAAUUCCUUUAUCCGCGUAGCUGUAGCAGAAACGACAAAACCUCUUGCGCAAAAGAGGACAGUUUCACCGGCUUCAAAAUCUUCAAGAGCUGA